AUCCAUUGACAACAAACAAAACUUGGCUUGCAACAGGUGAGCACCCAGCUGACUUGUCAUGAAAGGCUCCAACGCACAUCUUCAAAAAUGGGUGUUUUCUCCCGCGACGAACGGCAGUCGAGGCUCCCCGUGUACGAAAAGGUUGCCAAAGAGCGCGACUCAAACGACUCUUACGACGAUUCCGACUACGAGGACUAUUCAGUAGAGUCCUCACCAAGUACAAAUGCGUCCAGGCAUACGACCGGUCUACUAUCGUCUGCAGCGACCCCCAUGAUCAAGAGGCCACUUUCUCUUACCAGGAGAACGGGAAGGUCCAUAGGCUAUCGGCUACCCAACAAAGUGGUUCGAUAUCUAUGCAUAGCCCUGGUAUCGACAAUACUGCUGUUCAUCUUCACGUUGGUUCGCGCAAGCCAGAACGAAAAUAGGAGGAUACGAGAGGGUGGCGUAUACAAAGCCCCAUCGGCCCCUCCAGUGUGGGAGUCGUAUCCCUUCCUCACCAGGUACUACGGCGGCAUCAGAAACCUCGUGUCCAUCCAAAACAAUGUCGCAGAAUACCCCCGCGCCGAGGAUGAGCUUCCUCUUGAUAAGCUCUCUUUCAUCAACUUCACAGAGGAUUCUAGUCUCCACAAGCGCGCCAUCCCCGAAAGCAAGGAGUUCUUGAAGCACCCAAAGAGCAUUUUCCAGACCACACCUGAGAAGAUCAGCGAAUGUUUUUUGGACGCCGACAACAAGGUGCGGGUACCCCCGAUCCGUUACUACGAGGGGCGUCCUAGUGGGUUUCCGGAGGCAGUUGUUGGUUCGUACGAUAUAUUUGGAAUCAACGAGGAUAUUUGCUACGAACGUUAUGGAAGAUAUGGCCCUUAUGGGCUUGGCUACUCACAAAGGACUGGCGGUCUUGGUGUUGGCGAACACGGCGAAAAGGAGGGCUCCGAGCAAACAUGGUCAACAGUUCAUCAAGUCGACUGGAGAAACAUGGAUUGGGCUGAUGCACAGCGUCGCUGUUACCGAUCAAAUGCCAACCGGUACGAAGCCCUGCCUGACCGGACACCCACGCCUCGUGGCUUCUUCGUAGACGACAAGACCACCAAUGCUACGCUUGUGGCGCGGGACAUGCUCUCUGAGGCCAUUGCAGCAGAAGAUGUGACCACUACCAAGGCCGGCAGCAAGGAAGUUACAACUAAAUCACCGCGAACCGCUGUCGUUAUCCGCUGCUGGGACGAGUACUUCUUCCAAGAGGAGGAUCUCAUGAACCUGCGUUCGCUCAUCACUGAGUUGUCUCUUGCUUCUGGCGGUCGAUACGAUAUUCACCUUCUCGUACAGGUGAGGAACGACGCUGCACAUCCCAUCUGGGCAGACCAUGCCAUUUACGAGCAGCGGAUCCGUGACGUGAUUCCCCGGGAAUUUCAAGGGCUUGUCACAUUUUGGACGGAAACCCAAAUGCUUGCUCUUUACCAGGGUAUUUACGAUUUGUUCGCUCGCGGUCCUGAUUUGCCCGUUCAUGGUGUAUAUCGUGGCCUAGCCAUGGCAAUGCAAUGCUUCGCCUAUCAGCAUCCCGAGUACGAUUAUUUCUGGCAGUGGGAAAUGGACAUUCGUUACACGGGUCACUACUACGACUUUUUCACCAAGAUUGAAAACUGGGCCAAAGAGCAGCCCAGAAAAGGUCUAUGGGAACGCAAUGCACGGUUUUACCUGCCUUCAGUUCAUGGAACCUGGGACGACUUUAGGCAGAUGGCUCGUGUUCAAGCCGAGAUGGGCACUGCUGGCGCCGACAACAUCUGGAAAGGCAUAAACCAAAAGGACAAGCCCAAAGCACAAUCCGCACCUCGUGGCGACAAGAUCAUUUGGGGUCCUGAGCGACCGGUCGAGGAAAAUGAUUGGUUCGAAACAGAGAACGACCCCAAGCCAGAUACAACCUAUGAGAAGGACAAGUAUGCAUGGGGCGUUGGAGAAGAGGCCGAGUAUAUUGCCUUCAACCCCAUGUUUGAUCCGGAAGGCACAACCUGGGGACUGGCCGAUGAUAUCACGGGCUACAAUACGACCCACGAGAAACCGCCACGACGAGCACAAAUCAUCACAGCCUCUCGCAUGUCCCGCCGCCUACUUCUGACCAUGCAUCGCAUGACAGCAUUUAAGAAGCAAUUUGCAUUCCCGGAAAUGUGGCCUGCGACUGUGGCCCUCCAGCACGGCUACAAGGCAGUCUUCGCCCCGCACCCACUCUAUGUUGACAGGGAAUGGCCGACAGCGGUGGUCGCGCAGACUUUGAACAACGGCAAGAAUGGCGCCUCAGGCGGUUCCCGUACCUCCGUCUUUGGCGACCGUGAGCACAAUCUCCGCGGAUUCACAUGGUUUUACGACUCUGGCUUCGCUCCCAACCUGUACCGUCGCUGGCUGGGACUCAAGGUCAACAACGACGGUGGUGAGGAGUUUGAGCUCACCGAGGACAAGACCAAGAACGCUUCGACCGUCAGCCUUCUUCGUGGUGGUGAAGGCCGUAUGUGCCUGCCACCCAUGUUGCUGCAUCCCAUUAAGAAUGUGGAUCUGCCGGUUGAAGAAGAGCACGAGGCGGCCGAGGUCCCAGAGAGUGAUCCUGCUGCAUAAGGAUAGAGGUCUUGUGAGAAUACGAAUCUGAUGGUAACUGUCACAUAGCAUGAUCUUGAGGAUUUGUGCACAUAAAGGUCGGAUGAUCUGAUGAGGCGUACGGUCCAUAUUUACUGUUGUUUUUUUCAGGACUGUUUACAUAUAUCUGGCGUAUAAAGAGAUGUGUUUGUAGGGCACAUGGUUUGAAUAUUUCAACCUUCA